AUGUAUAAAUUAAAUACCAUGCAAGGUUCUUCGUUCUUUAAUUUCCUAACUCCUGUCAAUUAUUUAUCAAAAAAGACCUUAUUUCGUAAUGCUAAUGAAAUUAAACCAAAAAGAAUGGAUUCUUAUGGUAGAGUACUUGUAGCUCAAUCAUUACCUAAAGAAUUUUGGUUUAGAGAGUAUGAUAAACGUAUUUGCAGUAAAUAAUAGAAAAAAGAAUGGCGAAAAAUGCAUAGACAUUAAAAUCCAAUAUAUUUUAAAAGAAUUGAAUAAAUUCAGCAUUUAUUAGUUUAUUCAAAUCGUCCAUGUACUUAAAGUCCUUCAAAAAAAUGGAGAAAGUGUAGAAAUCUCCUUCUGAAAAAGAACACAGAUAUAUCUAUGACUGCAGAUAUGGUUAAAUAGAAAUUCUAAGAAACUCUGCAUCUAUUAAUACCAUAAAAAUCUUAAAUAUCUCCUUAAAGUGUUAGAUGUUCACUUUUAUCAAAUAAAAAAUUAAAUAGUAAUAUAAAUUUACAACAAACAAAUGAAUUUAAAAUAAAAUAAACAAAGACACUAAAUCGAUUAGAAUCAAAUAAAACAGAUUAUGUGCCUAGUUUAUUAUCUAUUGAUAAAUAAAUUAAAGAAAAUAGUAUCAGUUAAAGUAAUAUCAAUAAUAAUUCAUUUAUAUAACAAAAAGAUAUCUCUACCCAUUAAAUGACUCCUAGAAAUAGAUUUCUCAAAGAUUGUUGUAGAUUAUAUGGUUUAGAUUCACAUAUACCUUCAAUAAAUAAAUUAGUUUUCUCAGAUUCAAUUUAAUUAACUGAAUCAUGUGAAACUAAAUCUGAUAAAAUUGAAAAUUCUCCUAAAUCUAUAGGGAAAUCAACAUAUUAAUAGAAAACUCUACUAAAUUUAAUAAAAAAGUAGGCAGAUUAUUAAUAAAAUAAAAAAUAAAGAUAAUGUAGUACAUCACUUUAAAAGAAUAAUUGUAAGAUUUUUAACAAUAGAAUGAGUAGAGUGAUGAAAACUUAUUUUCCAUCUCCAAAAAGGUUUAAUAAACAUAAUUUCUCAUGA